CCAUACAAACUAAAAACUCACCAUGAUCUGAAACUGAAAAAGGUAAGUCAUCACUUCUUCAUCGUCAUCAUCAAAUCCCCAAACCUCAAAAGCAAAACAGAAGUGAAAAUACAAAAAAAUAAAAAAUGUCCAUAUCCAUGGCCUUGUUUUCUCCUCCUCCAACACCCUUCUCUGUCAAACCCAAUCUUACCCACAAAUCCACUCCUUUUCUCCCUCUUAAGACACCCUUUCUUUUGCUUUCCACUCCCAAGUCUCUACCAGACAAUGGAGCUGGAGUUUCAGCUUCAGUUGCUGCCGUUGAAGACUCGAAGCCCAACCAGGAAGAUCCCGUCGUUGAAAAGGCCGUCGAGGGGUCUCUUGUGCCUAACGGGGUGGCUACGAGCGCUGAAGUCGAGGUUUUGAGCAAGUUUGAGGACCCUAGGUGGAUUGGUGGAACUUGGGACUUGAAACAGUUUGAGAAAAAUGGUCGCACCGACUGGGAUGCUGUUAUUGAUGCUGAGGUCCGGAGGAGAAAAGGGCUCCAGGAUAAUCCAGAAACUACCAGUAACGACGACCCUGUAGUGUUUGAUACUUCCAUCAUACCUUGGUGGGCAUGGAUGAAAAGGUUCCAUCUACCCGAAGCUGAAUUGCUUAAUGGCCGUGCGGCAAUGAUAGGGUUCUUCAUGGCGUAUCUGGUCGAUAGCCUGACCGGAGUAGGUUUGGUUGACCAAAUGGGCAACUUCUUUUGCAAGACUCUAUUAUUUGUAGCUGUUUCGGGAGUGCUUUUAAUCAGGAAGAAUGAAGAUUUAGAUAACAUCAAGAAGCUGAUUGAAGAGACAACCUUUUAUGACAAGCAAUGGCAAGCAACUUGGCAAGAUGACACCACUUCCAACAAUGACUAGUUCAAUUGCAGUUUCCUUGUCUUAACAAUUCUCGUCUCUUUUACUUUUUGUUUUUCCUUUCACAAAUGCUGGUUUUGUGAGGAAACAGAACUUGAAAUCUGACUACUUUCAAUAUGCCUAGUGUGUGCUUGAUAUUAGCAUUAAUGAAUAUAUGGCAUGAAAGUUUCACCUA